AUGGAAAACAAAGUUGACAAAUUCAUCGAGCGGGCUGAAGAAGAUGCUUUAACUGUUUCGAGGGACGAAGAAAUAUCCAAGGAAUCAGAGAAUAUCAGGAGGCAUUCGACAUCAGAGACACUAGCAUCUUCAGAUGCAUCCAGUAGCUCGGUUGAUUUAUCCACCCAGUUUGGCAGAAUCCAUACGCGUAAUACAGAGUUGGACUUGGAGCAUCAACUAUCGACAAACUCCCAGGCUUUAAGUCGAAUUGAAACACAACGUCUCCAACAUGCGCAUACAGUUGGCAGUACUAGGUCGCGUGCCUCAAAGGUACCAUUGCCAAACUUUGGUGGAGGCAAGCCAUAUCCUCCUCAACUACCCAAUCGCGAGGAUUAUGUUGUAGAAUUCGAUGGACCAGACGAUCCGUUGUAUCCAAAGAACUGGUCGUCAACAACGAAAACCUAUACCAGUCUCAUGCUUGCAUUUACCAGCGUUUGCUCAACUUUUGACUCUGCCAUCUUCAGUGCCUCUUCCAAUAGCGUCGCUACGUACUUUGGCGUCUCGUUGGAAGUCUCAGUCCUAUCCAGUACCUUAUACAUCAUCGGCUAUGCCUCAGGGCCACUUCUCUGGGCCCCACUGUCAGAGCUUAAAGGCCGUCGCCCCGGUAUCGUCGUCGCUAUGCUUGGAUUUGGCAUUUUCAAUACCGCAGUUGCAGUCUCGAAGGAUAUCCAGACCCUUCUGAUCUGUCGCUUUUUCUGUGGCGUUUUUGGAAGCUCUCCACUGGCCGUUGUCGCGGCAAUAUUUUCGGAUAUCUAUGACAAUCAGACUCGUGGUAUUGCCAUCGCCUGUUUCUCUGCUAUGGUUUUCUUAGGUCCCCUUUUAGCCCCUUUCAUUGGCGGGUUCAUCAACAUGUCAAUUUCCUGGAGAUGGACAGCAUACAUCCCAGCUUUGAUGGGCUACACUGCGUUUUUGCUCAAUCUUUUCUUCCUCAAGGAGUCAUAUCCGCCAGUCGUCCUCGUUGAAAAGGCGACAGAGUUACGCCGCCGUACGAAGAACUGGGGAAUCCAUGCAAAGCAAGAAGAGAUCGAGGUUGACCUGCGAGAACUGGUGGUAAACAACUUCUCUCGUCCAAUCCGACUGCUCAUUCAAGAGCCUUUGAUUCUUGCCGUAACUAUCUACCUGAGCUUCAUUUAUGGUCUGCUUUACUGCUUCCUGACAGCUUAUACGAUUGUUUUCAAAGGCGUAUACGGGUUCAAUGCAGGACUAUCGGGACUACCUCUACUAUGUCAAGUUGUCGGAUUGAUGAUUGCUGCACUAUACAUCAUCCUCUCAGCCAAAGCCUACAAUCGAAAGCUGGAAGCUAACGGAGGUGUGCCUAUUCCCGAGUGGCGUCUUCCACCAGUCAUUGUUGGGGGCGCUCUCUUUGCAGCAGGGCUUUUCUGGUUUGGAUGGACUGGAUUCACCAAGGAGAUUCAUUGGAUCGUGCCCACUUUGAGUGGAUUGUUCACGGGAUUUGGUCUGUUGAUCAUCUUCAUUCAACUUUUCAACUACCUGAUCGACACAUACCUUAUGUUCGCCGCAUCGGCAAUCGCAGCAAACACCUUCUGUCGUUCAAUGGUGGCAGCGAGUUUCCCAUUGUUCUCCCGUCAGAUGUUCGAGGGCAUGGGUGUACAGUGGGCAUCUACUCUUCUUGGAUGCGUUGCUGCAGUUCUAGUUCCUAUUCCUAUUGCCUUCUUGCUGUUUGGAAAAAGGUUAAGAAUGAAGAGCAAGUUCGCGCCGAUUUCCGAAACGGUUCCAGAGUCGCACGAUUUUGAACAAGCUGAAGUUGGCGAAUAG